GGCAUCCUCUUGUUUCACAACCCUGGGAAAGAGAAGAAGAAAGACGAUGCUGGGCACAACAGGCAGCCUCUCUCUGUGGACUAUUUUCCUGCUGGGCUCCGGUGUGUGCGCCAGGAAGCAGCACCAUGAUGCCGAGGAGGACGAGUCGUGGUCGGAGAGUGUUGCCAGGGCGACGUGCUCGGCGCGGUGCCUCAGAUUGCACAGCGUGGCGGCGCUCUCCACCCCGCUGCCGAAUGGAUUUGAUGGAUCCCUGGGCUGGUGUCGUAGUCAUAACCAAUGUGCUAAGUGCCUGGAGCCCUGCAAAGAUUCCUGGGAGAUGAAGAGGAAAAGCGAUUGCAGAGAGCUGUGUGAACGGGUGUUUCCCAAGAAGCACUGGGAGUGUGUGACCAGCUGUGAGUUCCUCCAGUCAGUGUUGGCCGUGAAGCAAGGCAGCUGUCCGCCUCCAGAAAGAGCCAGCGGUUUCGCAGCGGCCUGCGUAGAGAGCUGUGAUGAUGACCGAGAAUGCUCGGCUCAGAAGAAAUGCUGCUCCAACAGCUGCGGCCAUACCUGCCAGUCUCCCAGAGACCUCUACAAAGGUGUUCCUCUGAAGCCGAGGAAGGAGCUGGGCUUCGAAGAGCUCUCGUUUGGUCAGCUGACAGUGCGUUGGUCCUCCCGCUUCAACAUCUCUGCUGAGCCGGUGGUCUACAUCCUGCACAGGAGGUGGAACUUUGGCAUCCAGCCCAGCGAAGACACCGCUACGUCGUGGCAGCUGGUUGCCCAGACCACAGAGCAGGGAGCGAGACUCUCUGACAUCCGGCCGGGUCGCUGGUACCAGUUCAGAGUGGCAGCCAUCAACACCCACGGCACCAGAGGUUUCACCACGCCCAGCAAACACUUCCACUCUAGCAGAGACCCCUCCAGUCCUCCGGCUCCCACUGAGCUGAGAGUGGCCAACAUGAGCUUUGGCAGCGGCAGGACGGUGUCGGCCAGGCUCCGGUGGAGCGCGCCUGCUGACCUGGAUGUUCCCGUGCACCACUACAAGGUCAGCUGGAGCUGGACCGCAGUCGGACAGCCUUACGCUUCAUCCCUGACCAAGAGGAGGAAGACAGUCAGAGAGAGCCAGGUGGAGCUGGACAGCAUGCGGUCUAACAGGAGCUACAGUGUGGAGGUCCAGGCUGUGUCCUAUUGGGGACAAACUCAGCUCAAAGGACCCCGAGCUGUCCUCCACUUCACCACACAGCGCAGAACCAUUACUGCUCUAAGAAAGCCUACCGGGGACAGUCUGGACGUGGGGACACCGUUCUACCAGGACGGACAGCUCCGCGUUCAUGUUUACUGGCAGAGCAGCUCGGAUUCCUCAGCUGAAUUCUACAGAAUCCAGUGGGGACCAGAGUACUGUGGACACAACCACACGAGACCCAUGGAGAAGACCAGCACACAGGAGAGUUUUGUGAGCCUGCAGCGCUUGCUCUUUUCCUGUAAGUAUAAAGUGAUUCUGCAGCCAGUCGGCAAGAAGAGUCCCCUUCCGUCAGAGAGCACCAGCUUCUUCACGCCUUCCUGUGCCUCGGUCCAGGCCAGGAGUCCCAAACCCAUCAUCUGUCCAGGAGAAACGGGUACCUCAGCAGCGCCCCCUCAGAAAGUACUGGUGAAAGCAGCCAACCUGACGGCGUCCUUUGAAGUCUGGGCCGGAAACGUGACGGCCAUCUUUAGCUGGGACUUGUCCACAGCCCCGCCCCACCAGCAGCUGACGGGUUACCAGGUAACCUGGGCGGAGGUCAUCGCCACCACCCCCCACAACAAGAAGCUGCCGCACAGCCUCAUCUCCCAGUCCCAGAUCCUGCCCCCGGAUGAAAAUGUCCUGGUGGUGCCAGGCCUGCACCCGGCCGGUCUGUAUCGGCUGGAGGUCCAGGCCAUCACAGCGGAGGGGGAAGGUCCUGCAACCAGCCGCACCUUUCAGACCCCUGGACACCAAAGCACCCUGAAGCACAGAACCAGGCUGAGGAAGCAUCACCAUAAACAUCCAAUCAUUGAGAGGCACUGAGCCCAGACAGCCAAUCAGCCUACAUGAACAAAGUCUCCCAAACUCAGGAUGAUCAGAAUCCACAGAACAGGACCAGUAACGAAGCAACGUAGCCUCAGCAGCUUUAUGAUCAGAGGAAGUCUCCCAAACCGUUAGCAACCAUUUGUAUACCUUCCAGUGGGCCGACUGUAGUACUCUGAAGCAGCAGUUAAGUUGUGAUGAACUUCCUUUGGACUCCCGGAGUACAUCUCA